UAUGGCAGCUCUGUAGUAUUGUCAGCCCCCAGUACUCAAAUAGCGAUGCUUUGUUUGUCCCACAGUAGAGAUGGCGGUUUCCUUGUAACGUGUCACGUGACCGCGCGCUCCUGCUCUACAGCGUGGCGCCAUCUAGAGAUGUCGGGUAAGGGCGGAAGCGAUUGGGAUUGUCACAAGACCCGCCUGCACCGCGUACGGGAGUUGAAAAUGUUCGGUGCUCGUGUUUUCCCGGUAUAAGGCAGGUGCGGCCCCUGAGUUCUCUUAGGCUCCGUGUACACUAUAUGCGUUAUUUCCUCUUCGCUCUCAGGUGCAUGAAGAAGAAAAGUGAACAAAUAACCCUCGGACCUAGGUCGCAGCCAAAGUCGUGGGGUACAGGCAAGAACAUAAAAACAUUUCAACAAGAACAUCGGUGUAAGAUGUAGGAUCAGAGCAGAAAAUAUUGCUGGAGGCAGAAAAAAGUGCAGUGCUGACAUCAAUCAUCCUAUAUGGUGAAAUAUUCAGUGGUAGACACCAUGACUUCAGUGACGGGGGAUGAUGAUGAGUGCUCACCUUUGUUGCGAUCCUCAGAUACAGGCUCGAUUGUGGAAACACAACAAGACCAUAAAAAUAGAUGGUGGUCCAUCAGAGUUAUGUACCUUACCAUGUUCCUCAGUAGUGUAGGGUUUUCAAUUGUGGUGACAUCAAUUUGGCCAUAUCUCCAAAAGAUUGACCCAAGUGCAGACACAAGCUUUCUUGGCUGGGUUAUAGCUGCUUACAGCUUGGGACAAAUGGUCGCUUCACCCUUGUUUGGUUUGUGGUCUAACCAUAGGCCAAGAAGAGAGCCUCUUGCGGUGUCCAUAUCUAUCCUGGUAGCAGCCAGCUGCCUCUAUGCCUAUGUCCAUGUCCCUGCCUCACACAACAAGUAUUACAUGCUCCUUGCCCGAGCACUGAUUGGUUUUGGAUCAGGAAAUGUAGCAGUUGUUCGAUCAUAUGUCGCUGGUGCCACCUCCUUAUCAGAAAGGACCAGUGCCAUGGCUAACAUCAGUGCUUUUCAAGCUCUUGGCUUUAUCCUUGGUCCUGCAUUCCAGGCUGCAUUUACAGUAAUUGGAGAAGUAGGAGUGACCUUCAAAGCCAUUGACCUCCAAGUAAACAUGUACACUGCACCAUCACUUAUGGGGGCUUUCCUUGGCAUUGUGAACAUUAUUUUGAUCUUUGCAAUAUUCAGAGAACAUCAAGUUGAUGAUCAUGGAAGGCACAUAGGAAGUAUAAACUAUGAACCUGAAGGUACUGAUCCAGAAAAAGAUAGUGAAGAGCCAGUUGACCAGAUCGCAGUUGUCUCAUCAAAUAUUCUGUUCUUCAUCAUUUUAUUCAUAUUUGCCAUUUUUGAGACGAUCUCUACCCCACUUACAAUGGACAUGUAUGCAUGGACCAGGUCACAGGCUGUAUUUUACAAUGGAAUUAUCUUGGCUGCCAUUGGUGUUGAAUCGGUUGUAGUGUUUAUUACUGUGAAAAUUAUUUCUAAGAAGACUGGAGAACGAAUUCUGCUCCUUGGGGGAUUGGUUACUAUUUGGGUUGGAUUCUUUAUCUUGUUACCCUGGGGACAUCAGUAUCCCAGCAUACAGUGGGAAGACAUUCAGAACACAACCAAGCAUAACUCCACUUUCUUGGUUUCAAGUCUCUCCACAUCUGGCAAUCACACAGAUGAACCAACGGGGUGUCCAGCUUCUCAGUCCUGGUGUUUCUAUACACCAAUCAUCCACUUAGCUCAGUAUAUUACGUCUGACAUUUUAAUUGGUCUGGGCUAUCCAGUCUGUAGUGUCAUGUGUUACACAUUGUACUCUAAAGUUAUAGGACCAAAACCACAGGGUGUUUAUAUGGGAUGGCUAACAGCUGCUGGAAGUGCAGCGCGAACCCUGGGACCUGUCUUUGUCACUGAAAUCUAUACACACCUUGGACCUAGAUGGACCUUUAUAAUGAUUUGUGGCAUUGUAGCAAGUUCCAUAUUACAUAUGGUGGCAGUAUACAAGAGACUUAUUGCCUUUUCUGUGAGAUAUGGCAAAAUAUAAAAAUGAUCACUGUCCACCAAGGAACAAAAGCAAAGUAUUUUUUUUUAAGCGUACAGACUGGAGUAUUUUUUUCUUUCCAGAAAAUUAACUGACUUAAAUGAGGAGACUUAAAAAAAAUGAUCAUGUAUGGAGGAAGACUUGAUUCCUUCAUCACUAAGGAGCAUACGGUGUAGUAACUAAUUUUAAAUAAAAUAUUUAACAAAUUGAGACCUUGGAGCCAAAACCAGCAGUUGUUUUGUAAUAGUAAAUUAUGUUUUUGGGGCAUUUGUGGACAAUAUUUCCUUUUCGUAUUAUAUACUUAGCUUUACCUUUUUAAAUUCUUGGAGAUCUUUCAAAACCUGUCCAGAGGAAAAGUUGCCCAUAGCAACCAAUCAGCUCACUUUCACUUUUCAGAGGCCUUUUCAAAAAUGAAAGAAGCGAUCUGAUUGGUUGC